CGAAGGAAGUGAUGCCGGAGGAUCAAAGCUUAUGAAAUUUCGGAGGAUUUGAAUAUCUCUGACGGACUGACGGAGCUUUUUAACCAACUUCAAACGCGAAUUCAUAUAAAUACAUAACGUGUAUACAUAUACAUAUAUAGAGAGAGAAGAAGAAGAAGAAGAAAAGAGAUCUGAAGUGUGAUAAUGGCUUCGAAUUCGAUGAAGAACCCUGCGCUACUGCCGUUGACGACCGCCGAUUCUGCGCCGGCGGAUAGAUCGACGGAGGAGAAACUUUUCAAAGGAUCGGCGAUGACCAAGCGCGGAGCUUACGCUGCCAUCUCUUACAUGUCCUGUGCUGUUCUUCUAGUGUUGUUCAACAAAGCAGCUCUUUCUUCAUACAAUUUCCCAUCUGCAAGUGUGAUUACACUAUGUCAGAUGAUAUGUUCAUGUUGCUUUCUCUACAUGUUACGACGCUGGAAACUGAUUUCUUUUCAUUUGGGUGAAGCCCCAACAGCAUCUGAUAAUUCUAAAACAUUUGUACCUUUAAAGACAGUGAUUGAUACCCUACCUUUGGCUGUGACCUAUCUCCUGUAUAUGCUAGUCACUAUGGAGUCUGUUCGGGGAGUAAAUGUACCAAUGUAUACAACUCUCAGGAGGACAACUGUCGUUUUCACUAUGAUAGUGGAGUAUAUUCUUGCAAAGCAGAGGUAUACACGGCCUGUUGUCGGAAGUGUGGCAUUGAUUGUGUUCGGUGCAUUUGUUGCGGGAUCUCGGGACUUAUCAUUCGACUUGUAUGGUUAUCUUCUUGUUUUCUUAGCCAACGUCACAACCGCCAUAUAUCUCGCAACUAUAGCUCGGAUUGGAAAAUCAAGUGGGCUUAAUAGCUUUGGCCUUAUGUGGUGCAAUGGGAUUGUUUGUGGGCCUGCUUUACUUGUCUGGACAUUUAUUAGGGGUGACUUGAUGAUGACCUUUAAUUUUCCAUCUUUGCUUUCACCUGGUUUCCUGGUUGUAAUGCUUCUCUCUUGCAUUUUGGCCUUCUUCUUGAAUUACAGUAUAUUCCUGAACACCACUCUAAAUUCAGCGCUUACACAGACAAUUUGUGGAAAUUUAAAGGAUCUUUUCACCAUUUCACUUGGCUGGGUGAUCUUUGGGGGUCUUCCAUUUGAUAUGUUGAAUGUCAUCGGGCAGCUUCUCGGUUUCAUCGGCUCUGGUCUAUAUGCCUACUACAAGCUUAUAGGAAAAUGAUUGCCUGAGUUGUCUUCCUCGGAGGCGAGAUAACGUUGCAGCAUUUUUGUACAAUUGAUUUAGGCUUCUGAAACAGAACUCGAGUAAGUUUUACACAAGAACCCUGAAUCCAUUCUUUUGGAGCGAGCUUUUGCCGUUGUUUCCUAUGUGCAGUACUUUGUGUGCUGAGUGUAAUUUAGGGUAUGUAGGCAUUGUAUCUAACUGCAGCAGCUCCUAGACGAAUAUACUUUCUGUGUAGACCA